GGCGAUAAUGAGUUGAGAACACAAACGAUGUAGUGGAUGGUGACGAAGAAGACACAGAGUUGAGCGCUCGGUUGUUGUUUAGUACCAUGAGUAAUAAACGCAGUGUUUACACUUUUGAGGAUUAUAAAUGUUCGCCUGAUCCAGUAUUUACAGUGGAGAGGGAAUGUCUGGAGCCAUGUCCGGCGCCGAUAGUAGUAGAUAACGGCUCGUUCCAGUGUCGCGCGGGUUGGGCGUGUGGUGUUUCUCAGUUGGAUCAGCCGCGGCUCGUGUUCAGGUCAGUAGCGGCGCGCAGCAGAGGAGCCGCUCGCAAUGAAGCGCACGUGGGAAAUGACAUCCCUAACCUCGAGCCGCUGCGCUGGACUUUCAAGAGCGCGUUUGACCGCAACUUGGUGGUUAACUUUGACAUACAGGAGCUCAUCUUUGAUUACGUCUUCUUGCACCUCGGAAUAAGCACCCAGGGACACGUGGAUCACCCUGUGGUCAUCACCGAGCCACCCUGUAACCCACUUCACUGCAGACAGAUGAUGUCUGAGCUGCUCUUUGAGUGUUACGGUGUGCCACGGGUGGCGUAUGGUGUGGACAGUCUAUUCAGCUUCUAUUAUAACAAUCUCAGUGAUGGAGCAGUUCUGCCCUCUACGGGACUUGUCGUGUCAUCAGGAUAUCACUGCUCCCACGUGCUGCCCAUCAUCAAUGGCAGGCUGGAUGCUUUGAAUUGUAAGCGUGUGAAUUUGGGUGGAGGUCAGGCCGCGGCAUACCUUCAGAGACUGUUGCAGCUGAAAUACCCUGCAAACCAGACUGCCAUCACACUGAGCCGCAUGGAGGAGCUACUGCAUCAGCACAGCUAUGUCGCACUGGACUACCAGCACGAGCUGGAGAAGUGGCGAAGUCCUAACUUUUAUGAGAGGGAAGUUCACCGUGUGCAGCUGCCAUUUUCAGGGCGGGCAGCUGGCGUUUGCGUGAGUGUUGAGGAGAAGAAUGAGAGGAAAGCGCAACAGCUCCGCCGACUACAGGAAAUCAACAUUCGCCGCAGAGAAGAGAAAUUACAGGAAGACCAGAAACGACUGGAAACGCUUCUGUCUGUGCAGGAACUGCUGGAGGAUGGCUCUCUGGAACUAUUUCACAGGAGUCUGGUGGAGCUCAACAUGGACUCAGCUGAGGAGCUUCAAUCUUACAUCCAUAAACUCAGUAUGAGCAUGGAGCAGCACAGGCUCAUGAAGGCUGAGACUGCAGAGGUGGAGCAACCCGCAGAAGAUGGGAGUGAAAUGGUACCAGAUUUAAUUCAGGACAAUGACGAGCCCGGCAAAACUACCAGUGCCAUCCAGCUAUUGUUUAACAAGGCAGAGUAUCAUCAGCUGUUUGUGGGCACAGAGCGUCUGCGUGUGCCAGAGAUCUUAUUCCAGCCAUCUCUGAUUGGAGAGGAGCAGAUGGGCCUGAUGGAGACAAUGCAGUUUGUUCUGGAACAGUACCCUCCUGAACAGCAGGAGGCACUUGUGAAGAAUGUGGUUUUGACUGGAGGGAACCUGCAGUACCCCGGACUAAAAGAAAGAGUGCAGAGAGACCUGCUCACAAUCAGACCCUUCCAGUCACAGUUUAAGGUGUCUCUGGCAAGACAGCCGGCUCUGGACGCUUGGUUUGGGGCACGUGAAUGGGCAUUAACGAACCCUGCUGAAGCUCAGGGCUGGAUCAGCCGUCAUGAUUAUGAAGAGAACGGAGGGGAAUAUCUUAGAGAGCACUGUGCCUCAAACAUCUUCAUACCCAUGAAGCUCAAUAAACCAUUAGCCAUAAAACAAACACUUAUGGGAAAAUGCUCGACAGACACAAGCUUUUCUGACACCACCAGCAAUGACAUUUCCCUGUCCUAGUUUGAAAUGUGUUGUCCUGAUUGAUGAAGACUUCUAACAGUUUGGACCUUUGAUACUGCAUGACGUUUCUGUAGCCAUGAACGCCUGUUUAUACAGUUGACAUGUACAGUAUAUUUUACAUAAUGUUAUUGGUGAUCACAUUUUACAUUUUCUAGAAUACAGUUUGUUUAGUGUCUGUGUAUGUUUUAAUUGGUGUAUAAAGGAUGAGAAUUUCAUAUUUUCAAAUGUGAAGUACUGUUGUUGUUGUUGUUUCUGCUGCUGCUGAUGAUGAUGUGCUUUGUCCAGACCAAGGUUAUUUUCGUAAACGAAAACUGAAACUAAGACUAAAACUAUUGGUCAAAAAACAUUUUCGUAAACUGAAAUAAAAUUACAAUUUCUAAAUAAAUGAAAAACUAAACUAACAACAGUAACUGAAAAACUAACGAAAAUAAAAUAAUAAUUAGCAAAAAUAAAUAAUUGUUCAUGAUUUAAUAAGCUGUCAUUCUGUGCCAGAAAAUGGUUCCCGUGGUUGUUUAGGGAAAUAGAUGGCGCUUCAUGCACGUGAGCUGCCUCCUAAGCGGUUAUUCACAGAGAAUGCGUUUUGGCAUUUAAAAAACAAGACGCGGGCUAUGAAAUGGGAAAUAAUAAUAAUACACACCUUACAGCGCACGAACGUUUAAAAGCGUGCUUGACAUGCGAGAACAACAUGAGAGUGAGUUAAGACACAGAAUUAAAAGUUUUGGAUGAGCUGACUUUAGUGAAUAGUCAUUUUGUCACGCUUUGCGAUUACUAUGGUAAGGUCCGCCUCGAAUCCAUGACACGAGCACCGCCUUGACUUUAUAAAACGCAAACAAAAUGAGAGAAAGCGAUUGCCGCGCUGUUUUCACUGCUGGCCGUGUUGUGUAAAAGAGGCUUUAGUACUGGGAUUGAUUGCGUUGUUCAUCUGAAGCGCAUGCGCACUGGAGCGGCUGAAGUGCAAACAUCAUUUAAAUCACCAUAGCAUUUUUUUUUUGAGUAGUAUGAGGUUUCAAAGCAUUUUAGAUUGUUUCUUCUUAUUGUGUACGUUCAUUGAGGGAGACGGGACAUACAGUGUGCACCGGUGGCUUGUAUGUGCAAAAAAUCCAACAAAUAAAUGCAUUGAAAACACAGAUGGACAAAAAUAAAGUUUACAGAGUUUCAAUGAUGAUUGCAAACAACAAGCCUGCGUCCCAAUGUGCACACUGUCCAUGCUAAAAUCUAUGUGAUAUAAGUCAUUUUUAAUACUAUUUAGGGCAGAUAGGGUGGAUAGUAUGCACAUUGGGACGUAGGGCAUGUUUCCUCAAAUCCAGCACUGGAGGGCCAUUGUCCUGCAGAAUUUAGCUUCAACCCUGAUAAAAACUCAACUGCCUGAUGCUGUCUAGUAACUCUUAAAACCUUGAUUAGCUUGUUGUUUGUAAACUAUUGGCAUAUUAAUUACUUUACAGUGAUAAAAAUAAAAAUAAUGAUGCAAACAAAAUUCACUUCUGCUGUGAAGCAGCUCUUAACAGUAAAAAGUAUCAUUGUUCAGUUGAAAUCAGUGUUGACUGAUCAGUGUUACAAAUAAUCAAAUAUAAAAUAAUUCCAAUGCAUCUACAUAGCAGUUGUGCAGAAAACAGUGGUGUCAUCAUCUAGCUCAGUUCAGUGCUUAUCCAAUAGUGUCAGUGGAGUCAGAUCAAUAAUAUUGCUGAAUAUUAUGUGUCUCCAAAUAAGCAAGCCAAAAGUCGACAGUGGCAAAGUCAAAGUCUGUUUUAUUGUCAAUUCUGCCACAUGUACCGUACAUACAUACAGAGAACUGAAAUUUCGUUACUCUCUUACUCCCUGGUGCAUACAGAUAACACUAAGUACUAACAGUAGAACGCAAAAAUACAGAUAAGUACAAAUCAAAUAUAUAUAUAUAUAUACACGUACGCAAAAUGCAAUUAUUAGACUAGACGAAGAUGUACAAAAACAUUGCGACUUACAAGACAAAAACCACGAAAACACCGUUCUGUCGGGAGAGAGAGAAGCCGCUGUGUCCGUGUGCACCGCCAUCUUUAGUAGUAUGUAACAAGGAACCCAAACUCCCAUCAGGUGACAUGGAGAAAGAAAAAAAACCCUUGGGAGAAAGUAUAGUUUAGGGAUCAGUUCUCCUCUGGCCAACAGAUGAACAUGGUGUGAUUAUGAUUCAGGCUGCAUCACAAUUUAUUUACUGUGAGAUAUACAGGACUGUAGGCCUACAAGUAGCUGGAGUUAUUAAUCUCAUUUAAAUACUAUCUAAAAUCAGGUUUACAUUUGUGGCUAACUAGAAUGUGAGUGACCUUUAAUGCAUGUGCAGAAAUAAAGUCUCACCAACAUCUGUUCAGUGCCUUUUCACUUUCUCUCUUCUCCUCUUUCCUAAUGCUUCCUCUGUUGCAAAUGCUGAAAACUUUUCAAUGAUUUUUUUCCGCAUGUCAAUUAGGGGAUGAUGCUCUCCUAGAAACAACAAACAAAUACACAGAAUAUUAAAUGCAAUUUUGUUUAUUCCAUUAUUGUAAAUGAUGUACUGAUGCUAUUGGAAUGAGAACUGAACGGAGCUGGACAAUGACAUAACUGAUUUCUACAGAUCUGCUUAUAACAAAUUGCUGAGCCAUUAGAGUUAAAUGCAUCUAUAGACAGGGUUGUCACUAUAGUUGGAUUGAGAUGUUGAUGUUUUAUUAGAUUAGAUUUUGACAUUUUAUAAUGUAAUUGUAAUUUGUUUUAUUAUAGUAAAAGUGUAGUAAAAACAGCAUUAAACCAGUUGUUUUGUCUUCCCCUCAGACUUCAGUUCUGUGUGUUCUGUGCACUGACCCGUGUGCGCUACAAAUAAGUACGGAAGCGGCAUUUCCUCUCAUUUUCUUCUCAUCUCAGCGGGUUGAUUAAGAUAUCUGUCAAGUCUUUUUACAUCUCUCUAAAAUUAUAACUAAAGAUAUAUGAGGACAUUAGACAUUAUACUCACCGCUAAACUGGAUGAGUCGACAAAGUCAACGCUCCAACUCGGCUGAUAUGAACUUCUCUUCCGGAAAGCGUUUCUUCUCUUUUGUCACACUUGUGAAUGGUCUCGGAGUGUAAUGUUGUUAUGUCUUUGUGCUUUAAUUGUGAUAGUUAAUUAAAAUAAAAUAAAUUUUAGCCACCAGAUGUCGCCAAAGUUUCUAUUUAAAGAAAAAAUAUUAAAAAUUAAAAAAGCACUACCAAAUUUAAGCCACCAGAUGUCGCCAAAAUUUCUAUUUGAAGAAACAUAUUAAAACUUAAAAAGCACUACCAAAUUUUAGCCACCAGAUACCGCCAAAGUUUCCAUUUAAAAAAAAUAUUAAAAAUUAAGCACUACCAAAUUUUAGCCACCAGAUGUCGCCAAAGUUUCAGUUUAAAGAAAAAAUAUAACAUAAUACAUAUCAAUAUCAAGAGUAUUUAAAAGCGUAUUUAUUAUUAACUUAAUUAUCAUCAUAGACAUCUUUAAGAUAUAUGCAUCAAAACGAUCUAUCAGUUCACACGACCUCCACAUGAUUUAUAAUAAUAAAAAAUACAAUAGACUCUUAUCUCUUCGAUUCGGAAUAAUACACGCUACAUUCCUUUUCUUUUUCUUUUUCAAGAGACUACGCUCGCUACUCCGUAUGUUGUCAGAAAAGCUCGGACCUGCCUGUUCAUAACGCACGCCGCAUUCUCCAGUGAGGUCAAUAACCUCUAAAAGAAAAAAUAAAUAAUAUCAUAUAGUUAUUAUACAUCGGUAGAGUUUUAACCAUCACAAAGUAGCUCGAGCUUUAACAAUGCUGUCAAAGUUAGAAUUCAAAAGAUUAACAUUUUACCGUUUUGUGAUGCUUGCUCGCUCAUCAUCUGUGCAGUCACUAAAAUAAACCAGAAAUCAUCCUCAUUUAAAUAUUUAAAAUUGUUCAGCGUGUAUAUAAACAUAUCAAAAUAUCAUAAAAGACUUAAGAGACUUACAUAAAUCGAUUUGACUAAAUGCAACUUGUUCCACAUUUAAAACCCCUAUGAGGCAAAAACUAUUAAAAUAGUUUAAAUCAAUAAAGCUCUGUUGAAAAUAUACUAAGCUUUUAAAGAGUAUUAACUAUAUAAUUCAAACAGAGUGACAUCGAAUUUCGAGGAAAAUAAAUAGAACUUACCGAUGUUGUUCAUUUUUUCCAGAAAAAGUCACAGUAGCCUAAUUGUCAAAAAACUGUAGAGUUCCAAAGCCAAAGUCUUGUGUAACUGUCCGCACCUAAAAACGUUUAUGGUAUUUAAAGGCCUGUACUGAGAAUUUUAUUGAUCCCUAGAGACAGCAUCUGUUAAAUCGAUUAAAAAUAUACAUUAUUUGUAUAGCUUUUGAAAUAUUUAAACCACAAAUGUCAUGGAUGGCAAUUUUAACACGAAACAAAAAGAUAUAUAUCUCGUUAUAAUAUGUUAAUAUGUUGUUUUAAUAUCUGGAACUGAAUAAAACGGAUUUAAGAACGAUAUUUUCGCAAGAGACUUUAUUUAAAAGUGUGACCGCCUGGUGUCGCUCGUGCUCUAUGAUAAAACCCAUGUCCACACCAGAAGUCUUUGACCUCUCGCAAAUCGUAACAGAUAAAUAUUCAAGUAAAAUUGUUUUUAAAAACGACCAUGUUCACAAAAUAUGCAGUUCUCCCCAGGACCAUAAUAAAAAAGCCGUGAUAUUAAUUUAAAUACACAAAACGUAAUAUAUUUAUUAGUGUAAGGCGAAGGCCUCAGAAUAGAGUUAUAAUUUAAAUAAAUGAAAUAAUAUGAUGUAGAAUUUAAAUAAUUAAACGUUCAUAGUUUAAAUAUUUUAUUAGUAUUUUAAAUAACAAUGAAUCCUCCCCAAAAUAUCUCUUCCACCAUGUAUCUGUAAAAUAACAGAGAUCGUGAGAAAAUAUUAGAGUGAUGUGUGCUGUUUAGACCGUAAAAAUACGCUUCCAUAUAUGAAAACACCAUACAUAAUUAGUUUCUGAAAUUCUAUAAGGUUUAAGAGGAUAGCAACGUGUAAAGUCCCAUAAAAUUGAUAAAUUGUGACUGCUUGUUCCUGUGUAGGCUUAUCGCUAAAUUGUUUGUGACCAUGUCUAAUUAUAAAUAUUUAUUUUGUCGCGGCUACCAGAAACAGAUGCCUAGAACUGUUAUUUAAACAAGCUUCUUAAAACAAACCGUAAAUUACGCUGUCCACGGAACCACGGUUGCAUCUGUCUAAACAGACUAUGCCAUGGGUCUCUGGAUCGAAUUUCUGAAAGGGAAUUCAGAAUUCCGAGCCGUCGACUUUGCAUGUUUCAUCACACAGUGAGCGAUGGGGCACAAUUUUGAAGAUAAUUAAAGUUUAAACUAAACACAAUUUUGUAAUCAGUUCAUUUGAGACCCGCUGGAAUACCGUGAAGACAUGUAUUCUCUGCUUCCCCAUGAAGAAUGUAAGACAAUUUAUAUUUUUAACCAUUUUAUUCGUUAAGGUAAACAUUUUUACCCCAUUCUCAUCGAUAGCCUAUUUUAUUUCAAUUAUUUGUAUACACCAACAGAAUAUAUGUGCGAGCUCGGGAGUGUGUCUUAAAACUGUUCUGUUAAAAAAAAAAUUUAUUUAUUCAGAUUUUGUCCUUAAAUCCAUUAUCUUUUUCCAUAGACUUUUUCUCACACCCCCCAUAGAGAGAGAGAGAUGGAGAGAGAGAAUUAAAGUUUAAACACAAUUUUGUAAUCAGUUCAUUUGAGACCCGCUGGAAUACCGUGAAGACGUGUAUUCUCUGAUCCCCUGAAGAAUAGACAGAGAGAGAGAGAAAGAGGGUGAGAGAGCGCACGCCUCAGAACCGGACACACGCGCUGCAGAUGGGGAGGGGCACUCCCCCACAGAUGUUCCCAUGAGGAAGAUUCAAAACGGACCAUAAUAUCAUCAAAAAUAUUACUUGACAGCUCAUUUAUGGUUUUUUCCACCACCGGAUAACAUAGCAAUUAAUCUUUUCGACAUUUGCUGGUGGUUACUUACUACUCUUUGGAUCAUAUAAAUGCAGGCUUGAUGAUCCUCGUGAUAGAUCUCAUGAUCCUCAUGAUUCUCCUGGGACCUGGUUCUGUGACUCAACCCCUUCAAGUGACAAUAGGCCUACCUCUUGCAUCAAAGAAGCAACUGGUGCACGCCAGCAGGAAGCUGUAA